GUUCCAGUCCAUGUUCAAGUGGGCGCUCCAAAAGGAAAACAAAAAUCGAGCACGCUAUGCUCAUGUCGAGCGACAGGCUCAUCCGGAUCAAGAUAUCCCGGAGAUACAGGAGGUGUAUGAUAUGUUGAGAGGACAUCCGGCUUCAGCGCCUACUUCGGAAGGUUUCCGAAAUUACAUCAGAAUGUUGAGUGGCGUGCACAGACAGUAAGUUACUCAGCUAUGUCGAUAUAUA